AAUUUCUCUUUCAAGUAACAUGUUAGAGAGAGAGUGUUGUGUAUAUUUAAGCCAGAGUUGAUUUGAACUACAGAUAAGGCGCCCUUUAAAGUUAUCAUUUCCGUCAUUUUGCCCUUUUUUUUUAAAUUAAUUUUUUUUAGUAAUGUCUAUUUUUGCUGAGAAUGAAUAGAAGGAGACAUAAAGGUUACCAAAGGAAACAGAGUAAAGGGAGAGAAACAGAGACAGAGAGUAAGAGGGUGAGAGAUAUAGAGAGAGAAUUCAGUGAAUCCAUGGUUAUGGAAGAGAAGCUGUUUGAAGCCUUGGGUUGGUUCGUCUGACUUUGCUUCUUCAUCUUUCAGGGGACAUAUGUGUUAGAUUUUUUUGGGGUUGAGAAAUUUUGAAAUGGAUUUUACAGAAUCCACAAAGGUUGUAUACAACAGAAUUCAGAAGCUAGAGCCUGAAAAUGUGUCGAAGAUCAUUGGGUAUCUUCUGUUACAAGACCAUGGCGAGCGAGAAAUGAUCCGGCUAGCAUUUAGCCCGGAUAAUUUGAUUUAUUCAUUGAUUAACAAAGCCAAGUCUGACCUUGGGCUAAACAAACCAGCAGUUUCUGUUCCAAUCUCACCAUCUCAGGUGAAUUCAGGACCUACUUCUGACAUCCCUCCACAAUUCACUCCCUUUUCGCCGGCUUCUUCCCAUCCAGUUUCGUCUCCAGUAGGUUUACAUAGGGCUGAAAGUUCUUACUGGGAUGCUCAGGUGACUGGUGAGCAGCAACAGGUGCAUAACUUGGAGUUUGGUACGCCAGGGUUCUCAGAGUCGGUUGUUGAAGAUUAUCGGCUUCAGAACCAAAUGCAGUACUUGACUUUGGAUGAUCAAUUAGAGUUUGCUAAUUCUAUGAAUUCUGAUUUUUCUAGCAAUUACUUUUAUCCAGAACCUGCACUGGGUCCUAGGACUAAUAGAAGGUCUCCAAGUUUGCCUGACUUUCCUGUUAAGGUUUGUCAUUAUUUCAACAAGGGGUUUUGUAAACAUGGAAACAACUGUAGGUAUUUCCAUGGCAAUCCCAUGCCAGAAAGCUUUUCACAGAUUUUCAGCCCGAAAUCGAAUGAGAUUUCAAACGAAGAACAUGUUAUCUCAUCUGGGUCUCUUGAAAAGCUUGAGAUGGAGCUUACUGAGCUUCUAUUAUCAAGACGAGGGAUGCCUGUUUCCAUUGCCUCUUUGCCAAUGAUGUACUAUGAGAAAUAUGGGAAGACCCUCCAGGCAGAAGGUUAUCUUACAGAAAGCCAGAGACAUGGUAAGACUGGUUAUAGUCUGACAAAGCUUUUAGCUCGAUUGAAGAACAGCAUUCGCGUCAUUGACAGACCUCACGGGCAGCAUUCAGUGAUUCUGGCAGAAGAUGUUCCCAAGUACUUGGAGUAUGCUGGUGAAAGAAAUGACCCUGGUGGAAUUGUUACUGGUUCUAGGCAGAUCUAUCUUACCUUUCCAGCUGAAAGUACCUUUACAGAGCAAGAUGUUUCCAACUACUUCAGCAAAUUUGGGCCUGUUCAAGAUGUUAGGAUUCCAUGCCAACAGAAGAGGAUGUUUGGAUUUGUCACUUUUGUUUUCGUGGAGACUGUCAAGCAAAUAUUGGCAAAGGGAAUCCUCAUUUUGUAUGCGGGGCUCGUGUUCUGGUGAAACCUUAUAGAGAAAAGUCAAGGCUUGUUGAUAGGAAGUAUUCUGAGAAAAUACACCACCCGAUGUAUUACAGCCCACACUUUAUAGAUGGAGAUUCUGAUCUUUAUUCAAUGCCAAGAGUUUGUGAUAAUUCAAGAAUAAUCAGGAAGCAGCUAAUGGAGGAACAUGAGACUGCACU